CAUGCAGCUCACUUUGCCUCACUCUGUAUUGUCUAAAUGUGGAUAGAAUAUUCAAUAGAACGUCACUGAAUAUGUCUACUUUGGAAAUAAAUAUAGCGCGUGGUCUCUACAUUUUGUAGCUAAAACGAUUUAAACUCGUUUUUUUUAGCCUAACUAAAAGCAUUGAACAAACAUGUUAACUUGACUGCCGUCUGUGAUGACCAAAGUAAUACAAAUGCUGAGCAGAUUUGCAUUUAAUCCCCGCGUGGACCAUGUGAAAUCAGUGGCGCGAGCUCUUUCCAUCAUCGCGGUGUGCCACAAGUAUUUGAAACGAUGAGCGGACGAUAUGAGGCAAAAAAUCUUACCCGACACGUUUUGAAUCGCGUUACAUCGUGGAUUGUACGGGGAAAGGUGAUAAUGUGUCAUUUUUAAGGGGCUUUUCCGAUGAUUAUUUUCCUUCACGCGCGAUGGCAGGUGAAUGGAACUUGACGAUGAGCGGCACGCGCUACGGUCCCCUAAAUCUAUUUUUAUGACAUGAAGUUGUUCAUUUUUAUCUGUUUUGAUUACAGAGCCAUGGAGAAAUGCAAAAAACUGUUACUUUUCAUUUUUUACUUGAUGUCAAAGUUUUAUCAAAGUGACCAGCAAGUCAUGAGAAUCGGGGGCAUCUUUGAAACGAGGGAAAAUGAACCUGUGAGUAUGGAUGAACUCGCCUUUAAAUUUGCCGUUACUAGUAUCAACCGAAAUAGAACCUUGAUGCCAAACACCACGCUGACCUACGACAUCCAGAGAGUAAACCUUUUUGACAGUUUUGAAGCAUCCCGAAGAGUAUGUGAUCAGUUGGCCCUAGGGGUGGCAGCUGUCUUUGGCCCCUCUCACAGCUCUUCAGUCAGUGCCGUCCAAUCCAUUUGCAAUGCCCUGGAGGUCCCGCACAUCCAGACUCGCUGGAAACACCCAUCUGUGGACAGUAAAGACAAUUUCUACAUUAACCUCUACCCUGAGUACACCUCCAUAAGCAGGGCUAUUCUGGACAUUGUCAUUUUCUACAAAUGGAAGUGUGUCACUGUGGUCUAUGAGGAUAGCACAGGAUUAAUGCGCAUGCAGGAACUGAUUAAAGCUCCAUCCAAAAACAACCUUAAGAUUCGUAUUCGCCAGCUGCCUUCGGGAGGAAGCAAUACUCGCCCGCUGCUGAAGGAGAUGAAGAAAGAAAAAGAGUUUUACAUCAUCUUCGACUGCUCUUACCAAGUAGCCGCCGAGCUUCUCAGUCAGUUGAUGUCGAUGGGCAUGAUGACAGAGUACUACCAUUUCUUCUUCACAACUUUGGAUCUGUUUGCUUUGGAUCUCGAGCCGUACCGCUACAGUGGAGUCAACAUGACAGCCUUCCGCCUGCUGAAUCUAGAUGAUCCGUAUGUGUCUUCUGUGAUUCAGAAGUGGUCCAUGGAGCGUCAGCUGUCCCCGGCCAGACCGGAGAGUGGACUAAUGAGCGGCAUUAUGACUACGGAGGCUGCGCUCAUGUAUGAUGCAGUUUUCAUGAUUGCAGUGGCGUCUCAGCGGGCCACACAAAUGACAGUGAGCUCACUGCAGUGCCAUAGACACAAACCCUGGAGGUAUGGCCCACGCUUCAUGAACUUGUUUAAAGAGGCCCAGUGGGAUGGUUUGACAGGGCGAAUAGUCCUUAACAAGACUGAUGGUCUGCGGAAAGACUUCAACCUAGACCUCAUCAGCCUCAAGGAGGACGGCACUGCUAAGAUUGGAAUAUGGAACUCCUACUCUGGUCUCAACCUGACAGAGAAAAAAGACAACGCCAACAUCACAGAUUCCAUGGCUAACAGAACACUUAUAGUCACCACAAUCCUGGAAAACCCUUACGUUAUGUAUAAGAAGUCUGACAAGGUGUUGUACGGGAAUGAUCGGUUUGAGGGCUUCUGUCUGGACCUGCUCAAGGAGCUCUCCAUCAUCCUAGGAUUCACCUACGAGGUGAAGCUGGUAUCUGAUGGGAAAUACGGAGCUCAGAACGAUAAAGGAGAAUGGAACGGCAUGGUUCGGGAACUCAUCGACCAUAUAGCUGACCUGGCUGUGGCUCCAUUGACCAUCACUUACGUCCGGGAGAAAGUUAUUGACUUCUCCAAACCCUUCAUGACCCUGGGCAUCAGCAUACUCUACCGCAAACCAAAUGGCACCAACCCAGGGGUGUUCUCCUUUCUCAACCCCCUCACUCCAGACAUCUGGAUGUACGUGCUGCUGGCCUGUCUUGGAGUGAGCUGUGUGCUCUUUGUAAUAGCCAGGUUCACACCAUAUGAAUGGUACAACCCUCACUCCUGCAACCCCUCCUCUGAUGUAGUUGAGAACAACUUCACACUGUUGAAUAGUUUAUGGUUUGGAGUUGCGGCUCUCAUGCGUCAAGGAUCUGAGCUGAUGCCUAAAGCCCUGUCCACCAGAAUCUUGGGAGGGAUUUGGUGGUUCUUUACUUUAAUCAUCAUAUCUUCCUACACGGCCAACCUGGCUGCUUUCCUCACUGUGGAGAGAAUGGACUCCCCGAUCGAUUCUGCCGACGAUUUGGCCAAGCAGACUAGAAUUGAAUAUGGAGCUGUGAGAGAUGGAUCAACAAUGACCUUCUUUAAGAAAUCAAAAAUUUCAACAUAUGAGAAGAUGUGGGCAUUCAUGAGCAGUAGGAAGAACACUGUACUGUUGAAGAAUAACAAAGAAGGCAUUACAAGAGUCCUGACCACAGACUAUGCCCUCCUUAUGGAGUCCACCAGCAUAGAGUACAUCAGCCAGAGAAACUGCAACCUUACUCAGGUCGGAGGCCUGAUAGACUCUAAGGGCUAUGGAGUCGGCACUCCAAUAGGCUCCCCCUACAGAGACAAGGUGACCAUUGCUAUCUUGCAACUACAGGAAGAGGGAAAGCUGCACAUGAUGAAGGAAAAAUGGUGGCGAGGUAACGGAUGCCCUGAAGAGGACAAUAAAGAGGCCAAUGCCCUGGGCGUGGAGAACAUCGGCGGUAUCUUCAUCGUGCUGGCCGCUGGUCUCGUCCUGUCCGUGUUCGUUGCUAUUGGAGAGUUCAUCUACAAGUCACACAAAAACAGUGAUAUUGAAGAGUGUGUCUCUUUCAGUGCUGUGAUGGAAGACCUGGGCAUGUCCCUCAGGUGCCACAAGGCAUUGAGGAAGAGAGGCAGACACAGAGGAAAAACAGGCCUGUCUGGAGUCCUAUGUAACCCCAAACGCAUACCAAGGAAAGAGACAAUGGCUUAGAUCCACCUCGAAAGGUCACGUGAGGAGCAAAGCUCAAGGCUUACUUUGAUGGACAUGCCAGUAAAAUUAAUCUUCAAGGCCAUUUUUUAUUCAGUUUUGUUUUUAUGUGCUCUUUAUUUAUGAUUUUCCAUUUUCUACAUGGAUACUGUGUGGAUUGCUUUUGUUUUGUGUCAAAAGUAAAUGUCUUGGUAAUAUCUUGUGUUGUUAAAAUGGUUGAAUUUAAAAAAUUGAAAGGAAUAAUUUGUUUU